AUGAAGUCCUUCGCUCCCCUUUCUCUUCUUUCCCUGGCGCUGGCCGCCGCCGGCAAUGCCGCUUCCUCCCCCACCAAGACCCUGGCCCGUCGCGCCGACUUCUGCGACCAGUGGGGCUCCGUCACCACCGGCAGCUACAUCGUCUACAACAACCUCUGGGGCCAGAGCUACGACAGCGCCGGCAAGCAGUGCACCGGCAUUGACUCGGUCAGCGGUACCGAUAUCGCCUGGCACACCUCGUGGUCGUGGGCUGGAACCUCGAACCAGGUCAAGAGCUUCGCCAACGUCGCUCUGGACUUCACUGCCAAGAAGCUGAGCGCUGUCAACAGCAUCAAGUCCAACUUCAAGUGGAGCUACUCCAACACCAACGUCGUCGCUGAUGUCGCCUACGACCUGUUCCUCAGCUCCACCGCUGAUGGCGACGAGGAGUACGAGAUCAUGGUCUGGCUUGCUGCCCUCGGCGGCGCCGGCCCCAUCUCCUCCACCGGUUCUGCUAUUGCCACCGUCACCAUCAACGGUGUCAACUGGAAGCUGUACUCCGGCCCCAACGGCAGCAUGACCGUCUACAGCUUCGUCGCCGAGUCGACCGUCACCGACUUCUCUGGUGAUCUGUUGGAGUUCUUCACUUACCUCGAGAAGAACCAGGGUCUCAGCUCCAGCAAGUACCUGACUCACGUGCAGGCCGGUACUGAGCCUUUCACUGGUACCGCCGACCUGACUGUCUCCUCCUACUCCGCUGUUGUCGCAUAA